AAAAUUUUUACACCUACUCUAAGCUGAGCGAGUCACAAUGGAGAAUGGUUCCACCAUUAGGAAAGACCUUGAGCUUCUUGGACUUGAAGAGAUAGAAGGAUUCAAAUAUUUUUACUGUCCUGUUCUUAGUGUUAUCUAUUUGUGUAUUUUGAUCUUGAGUAUUGUAAUUGUGUUUGUGGUAUUGGCAAACCCCAGUCUUCAUGAACCCAUGUACAUUCUCAUCUGUAACCUGGCGCUCAACGGCAUUUUUGGCAGCUCCAUAUUUUUUCCAAAGUUGUUGAUGGACCUUUUGACUUCUACCAAGACCAUUUCCCGUGAUGGCUGCCUGACCCAAUCCUUGUUCAUCCUGUUUUAUGUCUACCUUGAGAUUAUGACUUUCUCCGUCAUGGCGUAUGACCGUUACGUGGCUGUGUGUCACCCAUUGCAAUAUGCUACCUUAAUGACCAGUGUAAAGGUAAUCAAAGUUUUGAUCGGCUCUUCUUUGGUCUUGUUCAUCUUACUUUUGGUUUCCAUUCUCUUAACGAUGAGAUUAACACUUUGCGGGACACAAAUCAAGAACAUUUUCUGUGAUAACAUGUCAAUUUUUAUCCUGGCCUGCACAGACACCACUGUUAAUAAUAUAUAUGGAACAUUUAUUACCAUUAUGAUCACAUGUUUCUUCAUGUUAAUCAUUGUCUUUUCAUAUGUGCGUAUAUAUAUUGUCUGUCUUAGAUUAUCUAAAGAGUCACGUCACAAGGCAAUGCACACCCUGGGCACACACUUGAUAAAUUUUUCUAUUUUCCUCCUCGGAUUUUUCUUUGUGGCUAUCCGACACAAGUUUGGCCCCAUCAACUUGCCUGUUAGUGCCCAAGUUGGGCUGUGUAUGCCUUCCUUUGUGAUUCCUCCAUUAAUGAACCCUCUAGUUUUUGGGGUAAGAACGAAGGCCCUGAAAUCAAAAAUGGUUUUACCUUUCAAAAAGGGUGGAUGCACUUCAAAAACUCCUGCACCAAAUUAA